CUUGUGAAGGGCACACACACACUGGCACGGGAUCUUAUUAAGCCCAGUAAAAAUUUCAAAUGUGCCGGCGCGCUAAUCGAUUUCUUCUUACCUUACAACCGAGCAGACGACCAUCACCAUUAUACAAUAUACAGAAAGAUGUCGAUCCUAAGGCAAUCUUCAAGCUAUUUGCUUCAUGCAAAGCCCAUGAUCGCAGGAACCUCGAAGCAAGUACGGUGUUUCACUUCUGGUGCUCGUUUGAUGGAAGAAGAUGCUGCUGCCGCAUCUCAAAAGCUCAAUGCUGAUUUCGCUGCCGCCCUUCGACGUGCGAUUGCCGGUCAGCAAAAAGGACCAAAAAGUGAAGGUGGUGAGCAAAAAGGACCAAGACAUGAAGGUGGUCAGCAAAGAGAAGCAAGAAGUCAAGACGGACAACAGCCUGCAUCAGAGUCCAGAGUAAGGAAAUCUGCAGACUUCAGAGGGAAAAGACAGACAGGCGGAGAUCGUUCAGCCACAACUAACAGACGAACAAGGUCUAGAUUAUUCAGAAAAACAGGUGACGUGCAACCCGUUGAUGAUGGAGCACCAAUGGCAAGAAUACAAACCCAAGUAAAGCCAAUAACGAAUUGGGAAAGUGGAAAUAAGGCCGCAGUACCAUACACUCGAGUACCUUAUGCAUUACCAAAAGUCGAUCUUGCUUCUUUAAAAGAAAAUCUUACAAAACAAAAUACACCAAAGACAUGGCAUCCUUUGAAAGAGGCAAACAGACUUUUGUCUCUUAAAGGCACUUCAAACUUUACACUCGUACAAGGCGGACGAAAAGAUCCCACCCCUGUUGCACGAUCGGGCAUCAGUCAAGGUGCGGAGCCUGUUAAACUAGUUGGAAGGAAUGUAGGCGAUAACGCCGAUGAGAAAACCAUCUCGAUAGCCAAAGAAGCAAAGGAAGCACGCAUUCAAGCAAUUAGAGAAAAUGUGGGCGGUGAUUAUAGUCGUUUCGAUGCAAAAGAGUUUGUGGUUGGUAAAGGUGAACUUUCAAAUGAGGUUGCUCAAGCCGUAGCAAGCAAUGACGAUAUGGCCCCAACCCAUAAAGGAUACACCGCAAAGAAUAUCCGCCAAAUUCUCAAUCAGGCUGGAGCAUGACCGUUUCAUAGACAUCCAACAAAACAUUAAAUGAUUG